AUGCCUAUUGAGCAACCCUCGCAGAUUCGCACCAGUCUUCAGCCGGUCCAGCUGAAGUAUGUGCCUCUACCCGCUCCUCUCCCACCUUUGGGCGACCACCCCAUCACGAUGACAGUUUUCGACGGACUGGGCGCACCCUGUCGUCGUUGUCUGCUUGAUGCCAGCCCAGGUGAAAUAAUCCAUCUCAUCGGCUAUGAUCCUUUCCCCGUGGACAGCGUGACGCCUUACCGAGGGACUUACGCAAUUUUCGUUCAUGCUCACGACUGUACCCCCUUCAGCGGAACAACUUUGCCAGACAGUCAGUUGAACAGACUACAAGUAGCGAGGGCAUUUGAUGAGAACCACAUGUUGGUGGCGUCAGAGAUUGUGAACAGAAGUGAAUUUGAGAAGGUUGUUGGGGAAAUGUUAGCAGACAGGAAGGCGAGCUACGUCAACGUGUACAAUGCGAAGCCUGGUUGUUUUGCAGUCAGGGUUGAGAGGGGCUGA